GCGCGAGAGCAGGAUGACGCAACUUCCGUUCGUGCGCCGGACGCCAUCUUGCACAACAACAAGUCGGGAGUGGAACCUGGGUGUCGGCGCCCGCAGCCGAAGGAAACAAGGGCGGAUAAAGAGGGGUUCCCAGCACUGCCUGCUCUAUCUGUCUCAUUCCAUCCAGAAGCUCACCUUGUCCAUUGAGUGCAGGACGGUGUGCGUCAUUGGCUCAGGGGUCCUGCUUGGCAGCGCUGUGAUGUAUGAGGGAGCGUGAGAGGAUCCAGUGGGGGCCGAGCGCAUUGUGUCAGUGUGGAGAGUACAUACUCCAGUUCCUCAGCAUCAAUGUCCUUACUAUGAAACAUGGACCAAAGCGUAGUUGACAGUCCUGUCACGCUGGUCAUCAAGGCGCCCAACCAAAAGUACGAUGAUCAGACAAUUAACUGUUUUCUGAACUGGACAGUGGAGAAGCUGAAGACGCACCUCUCCAAAGUUUACCCUAGUAAACCGUCUUCCAAGGAUCAGAGGCUGGUGUACUCUGGGCGGCUGCUCCUCGACCACCUGCAGCUCAGAGACGUCCUCAGAAAGCAGGACGAAUACCACAUGGUUCACCUAGUUUGUGCAUCCCACACCCCACCUGCAUCCCCCCAGCCUGGCAGCAGCAUUGGUCCCCCUGGCAUGCCUGCCCCCAGCACGUUGAAUUCAGACACUUCUGAUGCUUCCUCACCAUCUGAACCUCCCAGCCAAGAAGGUCAGGUCACAGCUACAGCAGCAGGGGGUGCGGACGGACUGCGGCACCGUGCGGGCCCCACACAGAACCAUGUCCACAGUCACAACCCUGCCUUCACACAGGGGCACCCAGGAAACCAGGUUCCCGUACAGCAUGACCUCUCUGGACCUUUCCCAGUUUACCCCACCUACAACCCUCUGCAGGUGCUCUGGUGGCAGCAGAUGUAUGCACGCCACUACUACAUGCAGUACCAAGCAGCGGUUGCAGCAGCAGCAGCGUCCUCCCAGGCUGCCACCGCCCAGAGUCCAGCCCCUGGCCCCUCUGCACCUCCGCAGCCCGUCCGAGCCAAUGAGCCCCCCCUGGAGGCACACCCUCCCAACCCCAACAUCCAGAUGAACGCCCAGGGUGGGGCCGUGCUGAAUGAUGACGAACUGAACAGGGACUGGUUGGACUGGGUGUACACGGUGUCCCGCGCAGCCAUCCUGCUCAGCAUCGUCUACUUUUACUCGUCCUUCAGCCGCUUCGUCAUGGUGAUGGGCGCCAUGCUGCUGCUCUACCUGCACCAGGCAGGCUGGUUCCCGUUCCGACCCGAAGCAGAGCACCAGCACCCUGCGGGGGAGGCGAAUCAGGACGAGGUGGAGGCAGAGAUUCACCAUGACAUUCAGGAAAUGGAGCGGAUGAUGGACGAGGGCCUUGAGGACGAGGACGGUGACAGCGGGGAGGAGAGCACUGAGGACCCCAACAGUGCUGCGCACCCCGGUUUCCUGUCCUCUGCGUGGUCCUUCAUCACGACUUUUUUCACGUCGCUCAUCCCAGAGGGCCCACCCCACGCUGCCAACUAGAUGCCAGGAAUAGAGGCGUGAGAGCGCCCACUGCUGGCCACGUAGGGGAGAUCAUGCAGAGAGCUGUGAGGCAUCGCCCCAGUUCUGCUCUCGGUCGUCUGUGAUAAUAGUCUUUCUCUUUCAUCGUGACGGUUAGGGUUUCCUCUACAAGGAGAAGACACAAGGCCCUUGUCUUUUUCUCCUUUCCAAAACAAGCCGUUUUUCCUCCUUUCUAACUGAGGAAAAGAAAUUUAGUAACACAACAUAUGUUGGCUCAUGUAUGUGAAGUUGUGACUGGGUGUGUGCAAAUAUUAAAAAAAAAAAAAAUCUAUUUACAUAGAUAAACAUUUACAAAGAUUUACAUCAGUCAGGUUAAUCUGGAAGAUGUUUAGGAAUAAAUCUGCUUGCAUUUC